AUGGAGCUUUUCCCAGCACAACCAGACUUGUCCUUACAAAUCAGCCCUCCGAACACCAAACCAACAUCAAGUUGGAGGAGAAGCACGGAAGAAGACAUGGAUUUGGGGUUCUGGAAGAGAGCCUUGGACUCGAGAAACUCCAUAUCAUCAAUGGCCAAACAAGACUCUUGCUUCGACCUCUCCCUCUCCAAUCCAAAAGCCUCAGAUAACUCCAACUCCUCCAACCUCAUUCACCACUUCCAAAACGGUGCCAGUAAUGCCACCACCAACUCCUUCCAACCCUUUCAGCAAAACCAUUACUUCCACCAGCCACUGUUCCAGCCUCAGCACCAAAGCCUAAGCCAAGACCUCGGCUUUCUAAGACCCAUUAGAGGAAUCCCAGUGUACCAAAACCCUCCUCCUAUACCAUUCACUCAACACCACCACCAUCAUCAUCAUCAUCUCCCUCUAGAGGCUUCCACCACCACCCCUUCUUCUAUUAUUUCCAGCGCAAACACUGGUUCUACCCCUUUCCACUCUCAGGCGCUUAUGAGAUCAAGAUUCUUGUCACGCUUCCCUGCUAAGCGUAGCAUGAGGGCUCCGAGGAUGCGUUGGACUUCUACUCUCCAUGCUCGAUUUGUUCAUGCGGUUGAACUCUUAGGUGGCCACGAAAGGGCUACACCCAAAUCAGUUCUUGAGCUAAUGGAUGUGAAGGAUCUCACUUUAGCACAUGUUAAGUCUCAUUUACAGAUGUACCGGACGGUGAAAACUACAGAUAGAGCCGCGGCUUCAUCAGGGCAAUCGGAUGUGUAUGAUAAUGGUUCGUCUGGAGAUACUUCUGAUGACUUAAUGUUUGAUAUAAAAUCUUCUAGAAGGUCUGAUGUAUCCAUUAAGCAGGGAAGAUCAAGUGUUAAUCAAGAUAAGGAAUAUCAUGGUCUUUGGGGUAACUCUUCCAGGGAAGCUUGGUUGCAUGGGAAGACAAAGACUGAUUCUGUUGGAAACGUGGCUUGUCUUGAGAAGGAAAUGGAUCCAAAGUGUCUAAGCUAUGAAAGGAUAUCAGAUGGAAGCUCAUCCUCAAAUGUUUCAGGAUCAAGCCCGAAGAAGCCUAAUUUGGAUUUAGAAUUCAGCUUGGGGCAGCCACUUUAA